AUGACGCGACGACCGGUGAACGUCGUCAUCACCGGCGCGGCGGGACAAAUCGGCUACGCCCUGGCCCCGAUGGUGUGCGCGGGCGCGGCGACGGGGCGCGAAAAGGCGAUCGCGCUGCGAUUGCUCGACGUCCCGUUCGCCGAGAAGGCGCUGCGAGGGGUGAUGAUGGAGCUCGAGGACGCGGCGUUUGAGCUCGUGGAGUCGGUGAGCGCGCACGUCGAUCCGGAGGAGGCGUUCGUGGACGCGGACGUGUGCAUCAUGGUUGGCGGCUUUCCCAGAAAGGCUGGGAUGGAACGCAAGGACGUCAUGGGUAAGAACGUCGCAAUCUACCGCGAACAGGCGCGAGCGUUGGCGACGAAGGCGAAACCAGGCGUGAAGAUCGUGGUCGUCGCCAACCCAGCGAACACGAACGCGAAUAUUUUGCGUAAAUUCGCGCCGGAAAUUCCUGCAGCGAACGUGACGUGCAUGACGCGUCUCGAUCACAAUCGCGCUUUGGCAAAACUGGGCGGGAAGAGCGGACGAGCGACGCGCGACGUGAAGAACGUCAUCAUCUGGGGUAAUCACUCAUCGACGCAGUAUCCGGAUGUGAAUCACGCGACGAUCGAGGGGAAAACCGCGCGCGAGGUGAUCGGGGAUGACGCGUACCUCGACGGCGAGUUCGUCGACGCCGUGCGCCGUCGCGGCGCGGAGAUCAUUGAGGCGAGACAGCUCUCUUCCGCUCUCAGUGCGGCGAGUUCGGUGUGCGAUCACGUGUAUGAUUGGCUGAAUGGGACCAAGGAGGGCGAGUGGACGUCCAUGGGGGUCGUCUCUGAUGGCUCGUACGGCGUCCCGGAGGGGCUCGUGUACUCGUUUCCAGUCACGUGUACGGGCGGAAAGUGGCAAAUUGUGCAGGGGUUAACGAUCGACGAGCGCUCACGAAAGCUCAUGGACGAAAGCGCGACGGAGUUGACAGAAGAGUUCGAGCUCGCGGAAGCUUGCCUUGCGGAAUCAGCGUGA